ACCGCGAAAAUUCAAACGAGCGAGCGAAGAAAGAGAGGGGGUGAAGAUAGGCUUCGGAGGCGAUUUGAAGGAGAACAAAGCUCUAGUUGGCUCAAUCCCGAUCACAAAGACAUUAGAAGUCCUUUUUCCUCGACGUUAGGGCCAGGGUUGUCGCUGGAGAAGCUAAAAAGCCAAGAAGCUGGAGAUGGACUCGCCUUCCGUUCCUUCUCUGGACGUCAGAGACAUCGACGUUCGUCUCACGCCACGAGCCGUCAAGAGCUGCCCUCGACUCGUCCCCCCUGCCCCCUCCCACUCUGUACUAGAGCAAAUGAGCCUUUGCAAUUUCCCCGGCGGUGUCCCAGAGAGUGAGGAGGGUGGGGAGAGGGAGGGAGUCAUGAGGACAAGAAAGAGAAGUCGCGAAGACCUGGACACUCAGAGCGUCGACCUCCAUUUUACCGAGCCUCACACCAAGAAACCACGGCGACCGUUGUCCAGAGCACCCUCCAUUCAGUCUCUGGCCAACAUCGUCAAAGACACACCUUUUCAGUCCGCCAAACGCCGCAUCAAGCGUUCCUUCAGUUUUUCUCGAGACUCGCCCCUCUCCCCUACUCCUAAAUAUCGCCCACCUUCCAUCGCCAGGACGACGACCCUCCCUAAAUAUUGCCCGCCCUCCACACUGACGAAAACUCUACGGCGACGCAAGUCCAACAAACGCCAACUACCAGCAAACUGGGUGGAUUGUGUACGUAAAGAGGACAUGGACGGGAAAUACAGUAGAGAAGAGGUUAAACGACAGGAGGCACUCUACUCUAUAUUCAAGACGGAAGCAGAGCUAGUGGAAGACCUGCGAAUGAUCAUCAAUAUUUUCUACCAUCCACUGCUGAGGCUGAACCUCAUUUCUGAAGAAGAUCACUGCAAAAUCUUUGGAAAUAUACAAAUCAUCCUCACACUUCAUGAAGACCUGAUGACAAAGUUGGAGGAGUUGAGGUCUACUGGUUGCCACGGCGAGUGCAUCGAUAGCAUUGGAGACACCCUACUUCAAUGGUCCUCCACCCUCUCUCCGUAUGCCGACUACUGUGCUAAUCUGGUGACAGCCAAACAGACUCUGGAGGCAAAGAGACAGGAUCCCCCACUGGAAGACUUCCUACAGAGGUGCCUGGAUUCUGAGUUUUCAAGAAAGAUCGACCUUUGGACCUUCCUAGAUGGCCCACGAUCGAGGAUCAUGAAGUACCCAAUACUACUUAAAGAAGUAAGAAAAAAGACACCUUCUGCCCACAAGGACUAUAGCAUAUUGGAUGAAGCCACGGUCAGAUUUGAGGAGGUUUUGAAGGAAAUCGAUCGAAGAACUGGCGUCGCAAAAUGUCUCGACGUCGUCUCCAGGCUGGAGUACAUUCAUGACGACCAGAGAUGUCAGGCAAUCGAUGAUUCGACUCAAAUUCUCUGCAGUGGCGUUCUUAGGAACAAGAGUGGAUCGAAACUGCAUGUGUUCCUAUUGGACGAAGCUCUGGUGUUGACUCGACCUUCAACCAGAUCUUCAGCUCUCGCCUACCAAGUCUACAGACAGCCGAUACCAGUGGCCAGUCUGGAGGUGGAAGACGUGGCUGAUGGAGACACCAAGAUCAGCAGUGGCUCCUUCAGAGGAACCCUCAGGGCCAGUGGUGGCUCAGGAUCCAAGAACCUCAUCAAAGUCAGCUGCAGGGACCCAACUGUCUCCCGGCACUCUCACACUCUGCAAGCCAACGGAGAUUUCGACAAGAAAGCCUGGCUAGACGCCUUCCAGCAAAUCCUCCCCAACAUAAUCCGCCACAAUAAAGUCACAACAGUUUAGUCAUUAUUUCUGACACAUAAAAAAUUUUAAUACCCUUGCAUCAUCAUACAGUACAUGCAUCUAAGAUCACUGCAAAGUGUAUUAUGCAGAUUUUUUUGCUAAAU